AUGACAAGGCAUGGAGACGCAAGAGCUGCCAACGGCCAUCCUCCCAUCUACCGAAUCGACCUGUCUCUUCCUCCACGCGAACGCUAUGUAGAGCUGUCGCGAUUGUACCGCGAUGAGCUGCACUCCCUCACCGAUCUGUUCGACGAGCUCGUGGAGGCCUUUCUCCCGAAUGUUCCUGUCAAAUUUAUCCGCGGACUCGCCCGCCUCGCUCUGCGACGACUGUUCACCACGGAGGAGACGGAGGAGAUUCGCGGGAUCAGCCAGGCUGCUGGCGUCGACAUGUACCUGCUAGUCGCCUUUAACGUUCUUCUCGACGUGCUCAUGGGCUGUACCAGUGGCGGAGUCCGAGUGAAGGCUGAGGACAGUUCUCACACGAAGAUGCUCCAUUUCCGCACCCUGGACUGGGGGAUGGAUGCCCUGAGAAAGCUCAUCGUCCAGCUGGAGUAUGUGUCAAGUCCCGACACGGACGAGAUCCUGGCUACCAGCAUCACGUAUGUCGGGUUCGUGGGCGUCCUGACAGCGGUGCGAAAGGGGCUCAGCGUUCCAUCUCGUCACUCCUCCGUCAGUGCAUCCUACCUGAAACAGCCCCUCGACAUCUUUCCUUCAGCAGUUAUUGCACGCUGCCGUGGCGGCGCCGGAAGAGCGAUAAUACUUCUAGCAUUCGUGCCUCAAAUGCGCCGUCGCUAG